AUGCUGUUGGACCUGUGUAUCCACGUCACUACUUCUACAAUAAGAACGGUGCACUACGAACAGUCCAUUGUGGACAAGGGCUGGAGAUCGAGGACCACCUGGUUGGUGCUACUGGGCUCUACUUUGGCCUCGUUGGCAAUGAUCUUUCACAGUUGGAGAAUCUUUACCGAGCGUGACAAAACCAAUGUUCCGGAGCCCAAUCCUGGAAUCCUUGUCCGAAAGUUUCUCACUUCCCAUCGUGAAGGACCCGAGCCAGACUCCAACACGCCCAACUUCACUUUCCAGCGGCAGAAGUCGCACGAAACCGAGCCGAGUAAAACAGACAAACUCGAGCACAAUGUGUUAUCCAAAUCCAGCACACCUACUUCUGAUUGGUCGAUCAACCCGAUGCAACCAUCUCGUUCACCGCCUCAAUUCUCGGCAUUAGAUGAUAUCAAUCGUUAUACAUCAUACGAAAUGCCCCCCAUCAGCGAACGCGACAAGUUGGGCGGUUAUCUUUGCGUUCCAUCUGCUCAUGUUCCUUAG